AUGCCCUGCUGGCGUGACGACAUGGGUGGGAUUUGUGGUGUGCAGCCCAUUCGUCUGAUGGCGCUUGGGCACCCACUGCUCGAUAUUCAGGCCAAUGUUUGUGAGACAUUUCUGAGCAAAUAUGGCGUCGAAGCAAACGGAGCAACACUGAAGGGGCCCAAACAAGAGGGACUUUAUGAGGAACUUUUGCAAGAGAAUCACAAGCUUACUUUUAUUCCUGGCGGAGCUGCACAGAACACGGUGAAAAUGAUUCAGUGGAUUCAUCAGGAUUCUAAGAAAAUCCAAUGCACCUACAUCGGCUGCAUAGGUGCUGAUACAACCGGGGAGAUUUUGAUCAAAAGCAUGAGAGAAACUGGUGUGAAAAGUUUAUAUGAGGCGACUGAUAAGCUUGGAACGGGUGUGUGCUUCGUAUUAAUAAACGGUCCCAACCGAUCUUUGAUCACCUCUCUCGGUGCUGCUGCUGCUCUUUCGACCAACUUUCUCCGACAAAAAAGGACCUGGGAAAUGGGUUAUUUGGUAGUAUCCAGUAUGGAUAUUGUCAGGCUUAUUCUUGACCACGCGUCAUCGAAUGGCAAAGUGUUGUGUUUAAAUUUGGCCUCGCCUUACGUGGCAAGAUCCUACACAGAGGCGCUCGAUACCGUCAUUCCGCACGCCGACUUCAUCUUUGGCAGUGUAGACGAGGCAAAGGCCUAUGCUGAAGCGCGAAAAUUGGACGAUAGGAGUGCUGCAGGUGCGGCAAAGUACCUUAUCUCCCUGCCACGAGCAAACGACAUUUGCUGUCCACGCCUGGUUGUGUUGACACAGGGACCUGGACCGAUAUACACAAUGUCAUCAAGGGACAAGGUGCUUCGUACAUUUCCAGUCACUCCAUUGCCACCAGAAGAUAUUGUGGAUACUAAUGGAGCUGGUGAUGCUUUUGCUGCAGGUUUUUUGGCCAGCUACCUCAUCGAGGAAGAUCUGGAAAAAGCCAUUGAUGGGGGUAAGAAGGCGGCCAAAUAUAUUAUUAAGCGGUCAGGAUUUUCCCUCGGUUCAAGAACCGAAUACACAUAA